UGGACUUUGAUAUUGAUAGUGACCUUAUGGAAAGAAAUUGCGACAACAUUGCUUUUUCUCCCACAAGUCCCAACAAAAAAACAGCAGGCAUUGCGGUGCACACAGAUGCGAACUGAAGAACCAGUUGUUGGACUACAUCUAGACUUCAUGCACUACGGGGUUAGUAGUUAAAGUGUUUUCAAUUUGUGCGAGAGAUGAGAAUAUAUGAUUUUGGUCUUCUUCGGUCUCACUCAUAUCGAUAGCAGUCUCAAACUGAAACUUUUAACUUCACAACUGUCGAAACUGAUACAACAUCCACAAGCGCGAAGCCAAAUUAUAGAUUACCAUGCAUAAAAACUUAAAACUUAGACUUCUUGUUCUUUAGAAAUAUCACAAGUCUUCAGAAGUAGGAUGUACCUAGACCUAGACAUUCUUCUCACUCCUCGUCUCCUCUAACUCCCUGUCCGAAUCUCUGUCCGAGGAAGAAAAAUUGACUCGCGUGUAUCGUAGGGACACCGGGAAGUCCCUCGAAGCGACGAAGAAGAUACUGAAGCACCGCAAGGCACCUCCGACAGAUCCUGAAGAGGCUGCGGAGCUCAAACGCAUGAGAUCGAAAGAACGUGAAGCUGUUGCUUUGGCUGAAGAGGACAAGAGACUCCUCUUAAGGCUUGCUAUGUAUCUAUAGUAGAGUAAGUAAAAUAUCGGGUUUCGAGUUACUCGAGUUGCAACGAGUUGCUCGAGUUGCCGAAGCGAAGGGCUUCAAUUCUUGAACGAGUUGCCACGAGUUACCGGAAGCCAUCCGCUUCACCGGAAUGCGGCGCAGCAGGGCGGUAUGGGCACGGUUGUGGCUGCGCGGAGUGAAGAAGUCGCUGCUUUUGUUGUUGCUCUCUCAUGAGAGGGGCGGCCGGUUGUGAAGGGCUCCCCAGCGAGUCCUUCCGGCUUUUUUUCUUGUACGUAGCGCGUGGGCGCGCGUUCGAAGCACAGCCAGGCACUAAGGGGCCGACGGCUUCGCCUCGUUGUUGUUUUUGUUUGAGGGGUGAGGGUGUCGCGGUGGCUUGUCGUUGGGUCGGUGCCAAUCUCUCCCUUUUUUCUUCGGACGUGUUCGUGGCCAGUGAGUCUCUCACUCUUUUGGGACUGGGAGUGAGUUCCCGCCUGCUUUGGAGAACGGCUCACUCAGCCGAGGAAGCAAGUAGAGAAGAGUGCGUGGCGGAUGCCUUGCGUGUUUGAUCAAGUGGCUGGGAGGGGUUCCCGAGCUGAGGGCGGUCGCUCCCUCACUCUCGUCGCUGGUGCGCAUUAAGAAGAAAACCAGGGAUCGGAGGCAUGUCGUGGAGUGUCAUACGCUCCUGCUAAGGUAUCCCAGAGUCUCACAAAGCUGCGCCCGAAGGGCGCCGCGCAAAAAAUUACGGCGAGCAACUCGAGCAACCCGAGCAACCCGAGAAACUCGACCCGUGACGGGCCAAAAAAUUCCUGACUCUACUAUAGGUCAUCUUGAAAAGGAGCACCUCUGAGGAGCAAAAAACUUUUUAGUAGGUGAACUACUUAGCAGAAGUAGUUCUAGUUGUUCUCAGGAAUUAUACUAAUGAUGGUAGAGUAGCUAGAAGAUAAUAGAUGUACUCCCGCGGAUUCCAGUUUCGAAGCAGCUCCAGUUUCGGGCAAGAGGAGUACCUCUGAGGACUCGCCUUGUAUUAUUUUCUACGGGCGGGAAACAAUAAGAACAAGGACUGUCAGAGUCAGAGAUGACUUGCAUCAAGAUGAAUCUACCCAAGCUUUAAUGCUUGAAGAAACAGUGCCCACCGAAGCGGAAGCAGAAGAACGACUCAGAGCGGCAUUUCGUGAUACUCUUUGGUUCGCAUUGUACCAGCAGUCGGAUGCGGAUGUGAUGAUUAUGAUGGCAUUUGAUUUUAUCAUGUUGAGCUUGAGGCACUCGCACUGAGUGGCCUCAUACACAGAUGCGCAACGCUAUACAAGAAGCACCAUGACAUGACUACAACCUAUUUGUGUUGACUACAUAUACCUUGCUUUGCAAUAAUUCGAUAAAGUCGGAGGACAUCGAUGGAGUAGUUUCUUUUUGACUCAUAAACCUGUAUCUGCACCUGCAAGGCUCGAGUCACUCCUUCCUUCUGACAACCUGUGAUAUUGCAUGCUUCCCUCUAAUAGAAACCUCGACCAAAACGCCACGACCCCCACGACCUCCAUCGUCUACCCGAGUGAAGAGAUAUCAAGGGGAGCCCCAAAGCACUUGAAAAUUGGAUAUGCUGCAAUAGGGUGUGGGUGUUUGAGGUAUCCUGCGAACCUCGUAGCAGGCCACGCAUUUGGAGGUUGGAUGGAGGUGGGGAAAACAUUGAAAGGGAGUUUGUAUCCAACAGUCGUAACCGUGGAGAUUCGAUUCGGCGGCGACAAGAAAGUUUUCUCUGCCUGGAAACAGGUAAAAACACACAGAACUUGUUAUUUUCCUUUUCCUUCAAUUAUGAUAUUAGAGCAGUAAUAAUCACUCUCUGAAUAGUCUCUGACUCUGUUAGACAACAUCAUUCACGAGUCGUGAACGAGAAGGAGACCUACCACUCCGCUCAACGAAGUUGCACUGUAUUCUCGAAUUUCUUAUAAGAAACGACGACCGAUCACGAUCUUCCUCCUUAGGUAGCCGAUCAAUUCCUCCGACGUAAUGUCGAAGGCGAACAUCGUCGCCGAGUUAAUCUGAUGGAGCAAAAAAUUGAGAGGAUGGCCCAGCGAAAUAUGACUUGUUGCGGUCUCUUCCGACGUCCUGGGAGACAGACUAUGAUUGAGUCUGGAUGAAGGUGCAUCGAGAUGAAGAUGAUGUAGUACAACUAGGAGUUGUUCUAGUUGAUCUAAGCUAUGCAUCCUAUUCCGAGAAGAAGGAUAAGAAGUAGAAGUCCGAGUCUGAGUUUAGCCACAUUGGAAAUCGAUAUGUACAGUAUCUGAACCUGAAGC